AUGGUUAAAGAACAUCAGCAUCAGCAUAAGAAGCAUUCUCAAGGUUGCAAGCACAUCCACAAGAAGCAGGACACAGUGUACCACAACUGGCACAGACCUUUUACAUGGGUGCAGAUUGAUAAUGCUGCCAAAAAUCCGUCAGUUGCCUGGAGCUCAACACAGAUUGUUCAGUAUCUGAAGAAGAAAGAUUUGGUGACUUUCAAAGGUCUUGCAAGGUCCACAGUCAAGGGCUGGAUCGAUUGCAGUGGCAAGCCCAAAUGGACUGAAGCUGCAAUUCGGAUGGCAAAUCUGGGCAAUCAUCAAGGACAUUCCAAUGGAGGUAAAAAAGGGAUUUUCAUGAAGUAUCCAGCUGCUGAGAAGGCAAUCGUCAAACGGCUUGAAGCUCUUCGCGAUGCUGGAGCUGUACUUACUCUCAUUACAAUCUGAGGAAUCAUCAUUGCAAUCCUCUCCGAUAUGGCACCAGACAUCUUUGAGCACCAAGCGAAGGAUGGCUCAAAGUUCCAGUGUUCAGAUGCAUUUGUGUGACAUUGGUUGCAUGAAACCUUGCACUGGUCUGAGAGAUGCACAACACGAGCUGCCCAAAAAACUCCAGAUAACUGGGAAGACUUAUGCGAGCAAGCCUUCCUUCGACUAGCGUACAUCAUCAAAGAAGAGGACAUUCCAUCUGAUCUCUACGUCAAUACCGACCAGACCCAAGUUGUCUACGCACAAGGGUCUAACCUUAUGUGGGCAAAGACCGGUGCCAAGCAGGUCU